AUGAGUCCUUUGUUGUAUUUCGCAUUGGGUGUUAUUCAACUUUCAAGUGUCUUAGCAACAGAUCAAAUACCGCUAAAAUGUUUUCUCCAAAACUACAACCUCUUCAGCAUAUUCAGCAAAACUUCGUAUGAUGUGGAUCCUAACAGCAAUACCCAACAUUUUGGCACUGUGGUAGUGGAUUCAGCUGGUUUCAACAAGGAUGGCUGGAAUCAUGAAGCAAAGAACAUAAAAUAUUAUGGCUUAGAUGAUGCUAUUUUAGAUUACUUUGGAUUCAAUUUUACCUCAAAUGUGCUACAACUUACCUUCCACACAGAUAUGGUUGUAACGUAUGAUUACAAAUCAAGUGGAUCUGUAUUUUCAUUACCUUUAAAUGGACAAGGUUUUGCUGAAGUAACUCUCAAAAAUAUUCAAGUAGGUUAUACCAUACCAUUUGAUAUCAAAGAGGUUGAUGACAAAAAGUUUAUACAACUUAAAAACUUUGAUUACUGGUACGAUAUAAAAGACAAAGCUGAAUUAAAGUUUUCGAGUCACAAUCAAGAUAAGGAAUUAAGUGAUUCUAUACAACAGCAGCUAAAUCAAAAAUGGAAGUAUGUUACGUCACAUUUUGGAAAAGUUUUUUAUGAUUCCCUCGCUGAGAAAAUAUUUAGCAUGUUUAAAGAUUAUGUCAUGACUUUGCCUUUAAAGGACUUUGCUAAGUGUUAA